AUGGGUUCAGAAGGAGAGGGUAGGACCUUGAGUAGUGAGAAAAGUGAAGGAUUGGAAGGAGCUGAAGGGGAUGGUGGUGAGGAACUAGAGGUGCAAGGGGGAGGACGAGCUGAAGAAGGAGAGGAGAGGGAUGGAAGGCGGAAGUCUUGCGGCGUCGAGGGCAGAGGAAGAUUGGAAAACAAAGGAGGAGGAGAAGAGGUUGCUGGUGCUGGCAGAUUUGGAGAUGGGGGGAGGAGGGUGGUGGAAGAGGUCAUGGGAGGUGAACGAGAGGGAGGGGAGGUUGGGUUUGAGAGGGAAGGGGGUGGAGGAGGAGCCGGAGAGGAUGAUAUGGGUGGUGGAGAUGACGAUGGAGGUUCUCGAGGGGAAGAGGAGGAGGAGGAGGAGGAGGAGGAGGAGGAGGAGGAGGAGGAGGAGGAGGAGGAGGAGGAGGAGGAGGAGGAGGAGGAGGAGGAGGAGGAGGAGGAGGAGGAUGGUGAAGAUGAAGAGAGUAGCGACGAGAGGAGUCCAGGUGGGGAGGAUGGAGCCGUGGCUGGUGCUGAAAGCAAUGUCAACGUAACGGGAAUCAGCCGUGUGCGGGAUGAGGUGGUGAGAGAGAGGAUGCGUGCGCUCACGUGUGAUGAGAUGUGUUUUGAGUCGACUCAAAGCAUGAGCCGUGUGCGGGAUGAGGUGGUGAAGGAGAGGAUACGUGCGCUCACGUGUUGUGAGAUGGUGACCAGUGUCACAAUCUCAUCACAAAAGAACUUCCUAGUCACAGAAGGGCUGCUGGGAGCCCGUCGCAUCUGCACUCUCUCUCACACGCCACCAGACUGGGGCCCCCACAACGCACGGGUGGCAGUGUGGGCGCUGCUAGAACAGCUAGCAGUCACUCUUCUCAUCCGCACGCUCCGACACCAGACUGCCAGGUGGCUGCACGUCAAGCCGCCACCUGGCACCCAGGCAGACGAAGGGGCAGCACUUACCCCUCCUGCUACAGCCGCUGCUACAGGAGACGGUAGAGGGGAGGAAGGGCAAGGGGAAGGGAGGGCUGGUGGGGGAGCGAGGGAGAGGGUGGGAGGAGUAAGGGCAGGAGGGAGAGUGCGGGCGGCGGUGAGUCAUGUGGUGGUGGCGAGUGUGGUGGCAUAUGUGGAUGGCCGGCUGUGUCGCCACAUCCCCAACGCGUUUCUGAGAAGGGUUGUGAGCGGCUUCCUGCUCAGCUUCGUGGACCUCUGA